CCGGGAACCGUCCGGACCUCCGCCGCCUCCCCGACCCCCGACCCAUUUCACAGAGCGGUAAACUGAGGCUCCCGGCGGCCCCGCCCAGGACGGCCCCCGCCACCGGAUCCCAGCAGGGGAGAGCUAUACCAAGCGAGAGGCCAUGUCUGCCCUGCUGGGGAUCAAGAGCAGCGUGCUGCGUCAGGUCCAGGGGCGCCAGUCUUUCCGCCGCAGGGCCGAGGAAGGGGCCGGGCUGCCCGGGACCACCAUGCAGGAGCCCAGCCCGGAGACCGGCGCUGGCAGGGAGGAGGAGGACGACGAUGGCGACUUCUUUGCCAGAAUGAAGUCCAUCCUGAAGAAGAAAGAAGCCAGACAGCGCUCCGGGCGACGGGAGGGGGUCUUGCACAGCGGUGCCCCUCCUCCGCGGGAGCCUAGUGGCCUCAGCCCAGCCCUGGAGAUGCCGCAGCACAGCCCCGAACAGGUGUCCGAGCUGUACGAGGAGGCGCUGUACACCGUGUGCUACAAGCUGGGCGCCGCCGCCCCGGAGCAGCAGGCGGCCACUGAGCACGAGCUGUUCGACUACCUCCAGAAGGUGUUUGACAUGAGCGUCGAUGACCAUCAGGCCGCUCUGCAACGAGUGAAGGAGGCCAAGGCCCCAGCCUAUUCCUUGAAGGUCACCGUGGUGAGGGCCAGGAAUCUCAUGGCCAAGGACCCCAAUGGUUUCAGCGACCCCUACUGCAUGCUGGGAAUCCUGAUCGGCCAGAGCCCCCGCACCCCCGGGGAGAAGAGGGAGAGGAGGUUCAGCUUCCGGAAGAAGAAGGAGAAGCAUCUGAGCGGGCGGGACGGGCUCCCGGCCAAGUACCUCCAGGUCACCGAGGUCAAGAGCAACACGCUGAACCCCGUGUGGAACGAGCACUUCCUGUUUGAGAUCGAAGAUGCCGCCACUGACCAACUGCACCUGGACAUCUGGGACCACGACGAUGACGUGUCUGUGGCCGAGGCCUGCAAGAAGCUGAACGAAGUCAUCGGCUUCAAGGGGAUGGGCAGAUACUUCAAACAGAUCGUCAAGUCGGCCCGGGCCAACGGGGCGUCCGGAGCCGCCGAGGACAAUGCGGAUGACUUCCUGGGGUGCCUCAACAUCCCUGUCUGCGAGGUGCCCGUGGCCGGCCUGGACCGCUGGUUCCGGCUGGAGCCCCGAUCCAGCUCCUCCCGCGUCCAGGGGGACUGCCACCUCGUCCUCAAGCUGAUCACCACUCAGAGAGACACCAGCCUGAGCUCCCGGGCCUCCGGCUUCCACGUCCAUGAGCUGCUCCUCGGCUGGCUGCUGCGGUUCGAGCGCCAACAGGGGCAGGCGGACACCUCCAGCUGGAGAGGGGAGCUGAGCUCUCCGGCCGCCACCCUGCUCGCCCAUCACGGGACACAGCUGGACUUGACCACCCUCCAGCUGGCUGUGGUGCACUGGCAGGCCGGCAGUCGGCACCACCGGGAGCAGAGCUUGGACUACCGCUACCUCCUAGACCUGCUGGGGAACAUCCGGGAGCAAUGGGGGGAGGAGACCCUGCCCAGGGAGCAGGAGGAGGGUUUGGCCGAAAGCUUCGUCGCCUUCACGGAGCACGCCCUGCUGCUGCUGCAACACCUGCGGGAGCUGUACCCCGUCACCAACAGCAACGCCGUUGCGCGCCUCGAGGGCCUCCUCAGGUGCCUCAGUCUGAUCCACGGCCUCCAGCCCUUCCAGGCGGUCUGCCCUUCCCGGAACCAGCUGCCCCUGGAUGUGGCCACUGCCCUCAAGAGAGGCACCCUGAACUGGUACGAGGGGAUCCAAAGCAGCCGGAGCCCUGGAGGGCAGCCUGGCCCAGAGCAGAUCCCAGGGCUGGUCAGCCUGGUGGACGCCGUUUACGAGGACUUGCAGAGCUGCUGUGUCUAUAACCCGCUGUUUGCCAGCAUCGUCCAAGUCGACCUGUUCAGCAUCACCUACCGACAGCUGGAGAAGCUGGUGGCAGAAGAGGUGGGCUCGGCGGUGGGAGAGCUGAGCCGAGGGGUGGAGGCGGGCCAUGCCUGGGCGGUCCGGGGCCUCGGCGAGGGCCUCUUUGAACUCUACAUGGCCCUGGCGGAGACCCAGCGCCUGAGGGAUCACCUCCCCUCUACGGACAGCUCGGCCCUGGCUCUGUCCGGCCUCCACUCCCAGUUCCUCCCUGCCAUGCACCUGUGGCUGCAGGUGUUGCACGAGAGGACCAACACUCGUCUUCAGAGGGCCGUGGACGUCGACAAGCUGGAGCCUGUGGACGCAGCGUCCAAGCACAGUAGCUCGGCGGCCGAGGUGACACUCUGCUUCUCACAGACCCAGGAGCUGUGGACCCAGCUGGCCUGGCCAGACCCGGCCGAGGCCCUGGACCUGGUGACCCAGCUCAGCGAUGACUUGUGCCGAGCCGCCCUGCACUAUGCAGAACUGGUGCGGAGGAAGGCAGAACGCAGGCCCCCAGCUCCAGGAGAGGCUGUCAGCGAGCAGCUGUGCGUGGCCCUCAACAACGUGGAGCACGUGCGGAAGCUGACAGGGCAGGUGCUGCGGGGCCUUCCGGGGGCGCCCCGGGAGCCGGGCUUGGGCCUGCCCGGAGGGCCGGAGGGCCGGGGAACCCCGCUGGCCCUGCAGGCCCCCGCCCAGGCACGGACGAGGACCUGCGCAGGGAGACUCGGACCCUGGUCGUCCCACCUGACUGCCAAGAUGGUGGGUGAUGUGAAGAAAUUCGUGCAGCACAUCAGCCUCUCCCCAGACUCCAUCCAGAACGAGGAGGCUGUGGCCCCGCUCAUGAAAUAUCUGGACGACAAGCUGGUGGUCCUCAACGAAUCGCUGGUGAAGGAAAAUCUCUGCAGGGUGCUGGCGGCGCUGUGGGAGAUGCUGCUGUCGGCCAUCCUGCAGGCGCUCAGCGCCAACCGCGACGUGUCCGCCGACUUCUACCGAAGGUUCCACUACUCGCUGGAGGCGCUGGUGGACUUCUUCCACGCGGAGGGCCAGGGCCUGCCCCUCGACAGCCUGCGGGACGCCAACUUCAAGACCCUGGAGGAGGAGCUGCGGCUGCACAAGUGCUCCACCGCAGAGUGCAUCGAGCAGUAUUACCUGGACAAGCUCAAACAGAGACCCUCGGAGCAGAGCAAGUACGGGCGACUGCGGGUCAAAUGCUACUAUGAGGCUGCGGAGCAGCGCCUGGCCGUGGAGGUCCUCCACGCGCUGGACCUCAUCGCCCUCGAUGCAAAUGGUCUGAGCGACCCCUUCGUCAUUGUGGAGCUGUGCCCUCACCACCUCUUCCCGCUGGCACGGGCCCACAGGACCCAGGUCAAGGCCAAGACCCUGCAUCCGGUCUAUGAUGAGCUGUUCCACUUCUCGGUGCCCGCGGAGCAGUGCCGCCGGCGGGCGGCCUGCGUGGUCUUCACCGUAAUGGACCACGACUGGCUCUCCACCAACGUCGCCGGCGAGGCGGCUCUCACCCUGAGUGGCAUCUGCGGCCUCGGCAGUCCCCGGAUCGCUGGCGGCGGGAAGAAUGUGCAGCCCAUCACCCUCCAGCUGCGCCGCCCACUGCCAACGGUAACGUGGACCACCCCUCCCGGCCCCGUUCCCUUUCCUGGGGGAUGCCAGUCUGCCUUCGGGGGUGGUGGGGGAAGUCCGUUUGGUCCGAGCCCGGGCCGGGGCACUUCUCGUGCAGUGAAGUCAGCCCUGCGCAUGCUGGAAGGCCGCCUGGACAAGGAGGCGCAGGAGUUUGUGAAGAAGCUGAAGGAGAUGGAGAAGUGCAUGGGAGACGCCGACUGA